UUGUUGCGGAAGUAAACAUAAACUAAACUGAGAGGAUUUACCGCUGCGUCACAAAGUUUCUCACUUUGUUUCAGAGCCUGUAAAAGUGUGCGAUUUCUUCCCGGAGUCUAGUUCAUUGUGAGCGGUCAGCGCAGAGUCCGAGUGUUCAGUGUUUGGCUUAGUUUGGUCCGGUUCGGAGUUUUGUAAAAGUGUGUGUUUUCAGCUCGGGAUUUGGUUCGGUUUGGUCCGGUCCAGAGUGUGUAGUGUACCUAGUUCCCACAGCAGGAUGUCAGUGACGGUGAAGGCCUACCUGUUGGGAAAAGAUGAGUCGGUGAAAGAGAUCCGGAGGUUCGCGGUGGAUCAGGAUGUUUCCUGCAGCUUCGAGUACCUGAGCAGGAAAACCGCAGGAGUCUUUAAUAACCUGAAAAACAACGGGUUUAACAUGUAUUACAGAGAUGAAGAUGGAGACCUGGUGGCGUUUUCCUCUGAUGAUGAACUGAUGAUGGGUCUGGCCUGUAUGAAGGACGACACCUUCCGCCUCUUCAUCAAAGAGAAGAAGGAGCACCGUCGGGACUUUCCUCUCCACGCCUUCCCCCCCUUCACCUUCGGCCCCCCUCUUCCUACUCCACCUGGAGCUCCUCAGCCCCCGACCCCUCACCUGGCCCCAUCCCCCGCUCUGCACCCUAACGUUACCUGUGACGGCUGUGAUGGUCCGGUGUUGGGAACUCGCUUCAAGUGUUCGGUUUGUCCGAACUAUGACCUGUGCUCCACCUGCCAAGCCCGAGGGAUGCACACUGAGCACGCUCUUCUGCCCAUCUGGCACCCGUUGCAGUGGUUUCCUCGGGGGAAGUGGAUGAAGAGGAUGAGACACUGCAUGUGGAACCAGAACCUGAACCUGAACCAGACUCAGACCAACAAUCAUGACCAGGAACAGGAACAGGACCAGGACCAGGACCAGGCUGGAUCCUCCAGACCUGCAGCUGACUCUGCCUCCCAAGCCAACGUGGACUUCCUGAAGAACAUUGGGGAAGGCGUGGCAGCCAUGCUGAGCCCGCUGGGUAUCGAUGUGGACAUCGAUGUGGAGCAUGAGGGGCAGAGGACAAAGGUGACCCCUCCCUGUCAGAGCGGGGGGGUGGAGGCCGACGUGGAGAUGGAUGGAGGCGGCAGUGAGGGUGGAGCCAGCGAGGGCUCAAAGGUCAGCUCAUCUUCAUCAUCAUCACCAUCAUCAGAAACAGCUGAGGUGAGCAGAGAAUCUGAUGAAGAGUGGACUCACCUGAGCUCCAGAGAGGUCGAUCCCUCGACUGGAGAACUGCAAUCCCUCCAGCCCAGGGACCAGGACCAGGACCAGGACCAGGACCAGGACCAGGACCCCCCCUCAGGAGGACACCAGGGGCUUCCGGGGGACCAGCAGGGUCCAACAGGUCUGAGGGAGGCAGCUCUGUACCCCCACCUGCCUCAAGAGGCAGACCCCCACCUGGUGGAGUCCCUGUCCCUCAUGCUGUCUAUGGGUUUCACUGAUGAGGGGGGGUGGUUGACUCGACUCCUUCAGGCCAAAAACUUCGACAUCGGAGCCGCACUCGAUGCCAUUCAGUACGCCAAACAGCCCCGCCCACACCAGCCCUGAUGAUGUCAUCACUGACAUCAUCACCUAAACUAAACCAGUGACAUAACCAGAGAUCAUUUAUACUGUUUCCUUUUAAACUGAGACUAUCUGUCACCUUAUUGUUUUCAUUAAUCAGUUCUUUCAAUCAAUACUUUAACCCAUCGAUUAGUGUUUGUACUGCUUAAUUAUCUUUAUUAGUCACUGACAUGUUUCUGUUUUCUGUUAAUCUGAACAAUAAAGACAUGAAGAACUGAA